AUGCAAAGUGUAAUUCUACUAUUCCUCCUAAUUGGUCCAGCUUUACUGACAAAAGUUCCCAUCGGGUGUGUGACGAUCAAAAACGUAGAAUCGGGAAAGUAUCUUGCCGGGGAUUUCAAGCAGAAAAACAACUUUCGCUACAUCGGUGGAAGGGAGAACGAAAGCGAAAAAGAGUUUUGGAAGGUCGAGAAAUGUGACGGCGAUUACACGCUGUUCAACACCAAUAUCAGCCAGUUUAUGAUGACGGAAGCAGUGGAAAUCGGCGGGGAGCGUGCUGUCUACACCGUCGGGGCGGAUGUUUAUGUGCACACGAAAAAGUGGAAAAUUAUACCCCAAGGAGAGCAUUUCUGCAUCAGCAAUGUGAAGAACCCGGGUUGUUUGUUUUUGGGAUCAUUUAGCCAUACCUAUUCAAAGGAAAAUUGUCAGGACUGCAAGGAGGAUCAGUACAAGUGGGAGCUUGCGUCGUGUGAACCGGUUGAAUACACGCAAAACUGCCCUGCCUAUUUUUACUCUGACUCUGACUCUGACUGUGACUGUGACUGUGACUGUGACUGUGAUUGUGACUCGGACUCGGACUCGGACUCGGACUCGGACUCGGACUCGGACUCGGACUCGGACUCGGACUCGGACUCGGACUCGGACUCGGACUCGGACUCGGACUCGGACUCGGACUCGGACUCGGACUCGGACUCGGACUCGGACUCGGACUCGGACUCAGACUCGGACUCGGACUCGGACUCGGACUCGGACUCGGACUCGGACUCGGACUCGGACUCGGACUCGGACUCGGACUCGGACUCGGACUCGGACUCGGACUCGGACUCGAACUCGGACUCGGACUCGGACUCGGACUCGGACUCGGACUCGGACUCUGGCUUUGACUUUGAAACGCCCUUUGAAAACAAACAUAGAAACAAGUGUUGCUAG